AUGGACGUGAUAAAAACACAGCAAGUACAAGCGAAGCCGAUAGAGAAAGUAAUAGUGCAUCCACUGGUACUACUCAGCAUCGUCGACAACUAUACCCGAGUCGCCAAAGACAGCCGCAAGCGUGUCAUAGGUGUCUUACUUGGUAGCUCCUUUAAAGGCACCAUUGAUGUCACGAACAGCUAUGCAGUGCCUUUUGAAGAAGAUGACAAGGACUCCAGUAUUUGGUUUCUUGACCAUAACUACCAUGAAUCUAUGUUUUCCAUGUUCAAGAGAAUAAAUGCUAAGGAGCAUGUCGUAGGUUGGUAUAGCACGGGUCCGAAAUUGCGUGAGAAUGAUCUAGAUAUUCACCAAUUGUUCCACAACUAUGUGCCGAAUCCAGUUUUGGUGAUUAUUGACGUCCAACCUAAGGAGUUGGGAAUUCCCACCAAGGCCUAUUAUGAUGUUGAAGAGGUUAAAGAGAAUGCUACUCAAAAAAGCCAGAAGGUCUUUGUUCACGUGCCUUCAGAAAUUGCUGCUCAUGAGGUUGAGGAAAUUGGAGUCGAACACUUGCUUAGGGAUGUUAAGGAUACAACCAUUAGUACACUUGCAACUGAGGUUACUGGUAAACUUACAGCCUUAAAGGGCUUGGAUGCACGACUGAGAGAAAUACGUGGCUACCUUGAUCUUGUCAUUGAUGAAAAGCUUCCUUUAAAUCACGAGAUACUUUAUCACUUACAGGAUGUGUUCAACUUACUACCAAAUCUUAAUGUGACCGAGUUGAUUAAGGGUUUUGCUGUAAAAACAAAUGAUAUGAUGUUAGUAAUAUAUCUCUCAUCUCUCAUCCGAAGUGUCAUUGCACUCCACAACCUGAUCAACAAUAAGAUUCUCAACAAAGAACACGAGAAAGCUGAGGAUGCAAAACAAACAAACCAUCUUGAGAAUCAUGCCUUUCCGGGAUAUGCUAUUAAAGAUGACAAGGCUCCUCCUAACUUGAGCUCUGUUAGGGCCUCUUCUGAUGCUAUGCAUCCAUGCAAAUUUAAAAUGCUUGAUAGCCGAACUUUUUACAUUGGCUUUAAUGUUGAUUCUGAUUUCCCAUCCAUUUUUAAAUCAUUUUUGGCAACCAUGGCACCAAUACCAAUACAAGAUUUUAUUGAGGUGCAGGAUGAUAUCACCAAUGCCCGAACAGCUGAAGCGGAGGCAUUUGCAAUUAAGAGAACUGUUCCCCUCUUGAGAGAUGUAGGCCAAAGGAAUUUUAUUACCUCCUGGAAAAGGUCGGAAGCCCCUCCAGCACAGAUGAACUAG